UUGUGUGCACAGAGCAAACUACCUUCCAGUUGCACUUGGGAAUGGUGCUGAGCGUUGGGUCAUGGGUAUGAGAAAGUGGGUCCAGAAAGCCUCUGUCCUGACCACUAAAAUGUUUGCUACGAAAACUAAAAGUACACGCAGGCAACUCACAAAGACUACGUUUUACUUGAAGCUAUCACUAUUCCUUAAACGAAAUGCCUUGAGAGGGUCCCAGGUUUCCCAAGUUGGGGGUAUUCCUGUAGAUGUCACAGGUUGAGCAUCCCUGGUAUAAGUGGCACCACACUGGCAACGAGCCGGGUCACCGGCCCAUACGGUACUCGCAGCCCGGUUUUCCUGUGGUUUGCGGCUGGCGGUGUGCUGCCGAUGCUCUUCAGUGCUACGUGGCGUUCCCGCGGGCCACCGCCGUCCCUCAGUCCGCUGGCUACGCCCAGAGGGACACAUCCUCAAUCCCAAAUCUGGCGUCCACACCCAGGGCGCCAACCCUCAAAGAAGUGUCCGUGACCCGUAACCCCCGAGCUCGGCCAACCAGAGCCCGGCCCCUCCCACCGCGGCCCCGCCCCCCGCAGCGGCUCCCGGAAGUGCUGUGGCGGGCCGGGUGGGCGGGGCAGCACGUCGCAUCCGGAAGUGUCGGCCGGCAGGGCGGGGCUGCGGCUGCCACGUUGGAGCGGAACGUGGAGGUGGCCCUGGCCGGGGAGGAGGGGCGGUGGCGAAUCCUGGGAGAGUCCGAAGGGCGCUACGCCGGCCGCGGAGCGUCUCUGUUAGGCGUGUUGGCUGGCCUGCUGCCGCUGGGCCUCCUCGCCGACCGUCAGGGCUUGAGAAUGAAGUUAAAGGAAAUAGAUCGUACAGCCAUGCAGGCAUGGAGCCCUGCCCAGAACCACCCCAUUUACCUAGCCACAGGAACAUCUGCUCAGCAGUUGGAUGCAACAUUUAGUACCAAUGCUUCCCUUGAGAUAUUUGAAUUAGACCUUUCAGAUCCAUCGUUGGAUAUGAAAUCUUGUGCUACUUUUCCUUCGUCUCAUAGGUAUCACAAGUUGAUUUGGGGGCCUCAUAAGAUUAAUCCCAAAGGAGAUGUCUCUGGAGUUCUGAUUGCAGGUGGAGAAAACGGAAAUAUUAUUCUUUAUGAUCCUUCUAAAAUUAUAGCUGGAGACAAAGAUGUUGUCAUUUCCCAGAAUGACAAGCAUACUGGUCCUGUGAGAGCCUUGGAUGUAAACAUUUUCCAGAAUAAUCUGGUAGCUUCUGGUGCUAAUGAAUCUGAAAUCUACAUUUGGGAUUUAAACAGUUUUGCAACUCCAAUGACACCAGGAGCUAAAACACAGCCCCCAGAAGAUAUCAGCUGCAUUGCAUGGAACAGACAAGUUCAACAUAUUUUGGCAUCAGCCAGUCCUAGUGGCCGGGCCACUGUGUGGGAUCUUAGGAAAAAUGAACCAAUCAUCAAAGUCAGUGAUCAUAGUAACAGGAUGCAUUGCUCUGGGCUGGCAUGGCAUCCUGAUGUUGCUACUCAAAUGGUCCUUGCCUCGGAGGAUGAUAGAUUACCAGUGAUCCAGAUGUGGGAUCUUCGAUUUGCCACUUCUCCCUUCCGCUUACUGGAAAACCAUGCCAGGGGAAUUUUGGCAAUUGCCUGGAGCAUGGCAGAUCCUGAACUGUUAUUGAGCUGUGGGAAGGAUGCUAAAAUUCUCUGUGCGAACCCAAACACAGGAGAGGUGUUAUAUGAACUUCCUACCAACACUCAGUGGUGUUUUGAUAUUCAGUGGUGUCCUCGAAAUCCUGCCGUCUUAUCAGCUGCUUCCUUUGAUGGUCGAAUUAGUGUUUAUUCUAUCAUGGGAGGGAGCACAGAUGGUUUAAGGCAGAAACAAGUUGACAAGCUUUCUUCCUCUUUUGGGAAUCUGGAUCCCUUUGGCACAGGACAGCCUCUUCCUCCAUUACAAAUUCCACAGCAGACUGCUCAGCAUAGUAUAGUGCUGCCUCUGAAGAAGCCACCAAAAUGGAUCCGAAGGCCUGUGGGAGCUUCCUUUUCAUUUGGAGGCAAACUAGUUACCUUUGAGAACGUCAGAGUGCAGGCCCAGCAGGGAGCUGAGCAGCAGCUGCCGCAGCGUGUAUUUAUUAGUCAAGUGGUAACAGAAAAGGAGUUUCUCAGCCGGUCAGAUCAACUGCAGCAGGUCGUCCAGUCACAAGGAUUUAGCAAUUACUGCCAGAAAAAAAUCGAUGCUUCUCAGACUGAGUUUGAGAAAAAUGUGUGGUCCUUUUUGAAGGUAAAUUUUGAGGAUGAUUCUCGUGGGAAAUACCUGGAGCUUCUAGGAUACAGAAAAGAAGAUCUUGGAAAGAAGAUUGCUUUGGCCUUGAACAAAGUGGAUGGAUCCGAUGUGGCUCUUAAAGACCCUGACCAAGUAGCACAGAGUGAUGGGGAGGAGACCCCUGCUGCUGAAGAGCAGCUCUUGGGAGAGUGUAUCAAAGAAGAAAUGCAAGACUCUGAAUUUCUACCCUCAGCUAAAGGAACAUUUAAUAUUUCCAUCAGUGGGGAUAUUGAUGGUUUAAUUACUCAAGCUUUACUGACUGGUAAUUUUGAGAGUGCUGUUGACCUUUGUUUACAUGAUAAUCGAAUGGCUGAUGCAAUUAUAUUGGCCAUAGCAGGGGGACAAGAACUCUUGGCUCGGACCCAGAAAAAGUACUUUGCAAAAUCCCAAAGCAAAAUCACCAGGCUCAUCACUGCAGUGGUAAUGAAGAACUGGAAAGAAAUUGUUGAAUCUUGUGAUCUUAAAAAUUGGAGAGAGGCUUUAGCUGCAGUAUUGACUUACGCAAAACCAGAUGAAUUUUCAGCCCUCUGUGAUCUUUUGGGAGCUAGGCUUGAAAGUGAAGGAGAUAGCCUCCUGCAGGCACAGGCAUGUCUCUGCUAUAUUUGUGCAGGGAAUGUAGAAAAACUAGUUGCCUGUUGGACUAAAGCACAAGAUGGUAGCAAUCCUCUGUCCCUUCAGGAUCUGAUUGAGAAAGUUGUCAUCCUCCGAAAAGCUGUGCAAUUCACCCAAGCCACGGACACAAAUACUGUAGGAGUUCUUUUAGCUGAGAAGAUGAGUCAGUAUGCCAAUUUGUUGGCAGCCCAGGGUAGUAUUGCUGCAGCCUUGGCUUUUCUGCCUGACAACACCAAUCAGCCAAAUAUUGUGCAGCUUCGUGACAGACUGUGUAGAGCACAAGGACAACCUGUACAAGGACAGGAAUUAUCCAGAAUUCCUUACGAGAGGCAGCAGCAGCCAUCCAAGGGCAGGCCUGGGUCAAUUGCUGGGCACCCACAGAUGCCAAGAGUUCAACCUCAACAAUAUUAUCCCCAUGUUAGAAUUGCCCCUACUGUCACUACCUGGAGUAACAAAACUCCUACUGCCCUUCCCAGCCAUCCACCUGCAGCCUCUCCCUCUGACACACAGGGAGAAAAUCCUCCACCUCCAGGCUUUAUACUGCAUGGAAAUGUUACUCCAAAUGCUGCCUCUCAGUUUUCUGCAUCUUCGGGUCAUAUGCAUACCCAGGUACCACCUUAUCCACAGACACAGCCUUACCAACCAGCCCAGCAGUAUUCCUUCGGAUCAGGGGGGUCAUCAAUGUAUCGACCUCAGCAACCUGUUGCUCCUCCUGCUUCAAACGCUUACCCUAACACCUCUUACAUAUCUUCUGCUUCUUCCUAUUCUGGGCAGUCUCAGCUAUAUACAGCACAGCACCAGACCUCCUCACCUACCUCCAGUUCUGCUGCUUCUUUUCCUCCUCCCCCUUCCUCUGGAGCAUCCUUCCAGCAUGGCGGGCCAGGAGCUCCACCAUCAACCUCAGCUUAUACACUGCCUCCUGGAACAACAGGUACACUGCCUGCUGCCAGUGAGCUGCCUGCGUCCCAAAGAACAGAAAAUCAGUCUAUCCAAGACCAGGCAUUUAUGUUGGAAGGUCCUCAAAAUGGUUGGAAUGAUCCUCCAGCUUUGAACAGAGUACCCAAGAAGAAGAAGAUGCCUGAAAACUUCAUGCCUCCUGUUCCUAUCACAUCGCCAAUCAUGAACCCUUUGAGUGAUCCUCAGUCACAGAUGCUGCAGCAGCAACCUUCAGCCCCAGUAUCACUGUCAAGCCAAGCUUCCUUCCCACAGCCACAUCUGGCAGGUGGCCAGACCUUCCCGGGCAUGCAGCAGCCUCUUGGUCAGACAGGCAUGCCACCAGCUUUCGCAAAACCCAAUAUCGAAGGUGCCCCAGGAGCGCCUAUUGGAAAUACCAUUCAGCAUGUACAGUCUUUGCCAACAGAAAAAAUUACCAAGAAACCAAUUCCAGAUGAGCACCUCAUUCUCAAGACCACAUUUGAAGAUCUUAUACAGCGCUGCCUUUCUUCAGCCACAGAUCCUCAAACCAAGAGGAAGCUUGAUGAUGCCAGUAAACGUUUGGAGUUUCUGUAUGAUAAACUUAGGGAACAGACACUUUCACCAACAAUCAUCAACGGUUUACACAACAUUGCAAGAAGCAUUGAAACGCGAAACUACUCGGAAGGAUUGACCAUCCAUACCCACAUCGUUAGCACCAGCAACUUCAGUGAGACCUCUGCUUUCAUGCCAGUUCUCAAAGUUGUUCUGACCCAGGCCAAUAAGCUGGGGGUCUGAAAGAAUAGCUCCAUUCUCGACUGAUCUUGCCAUUUUUCCAAAGAAACAUGUUUAGGGAAAAACAAAAAUGUAAGACAUGGACCAGUCCUCAUUAGCAUGUUUCCAUAGUGGCCAGUCAGGGGCAUUAACAUUACUUCUGCAGAUAUACUCAUCUUAGACCUGCUCAAAACCCUGGUGCUUUCUUUUAUUUUAAUCUCUUGUUGACCAUGAUCCUACUUUGCAAAUAGUGUAUUCCUGGAUUACACAAGGUGUGGUUUCCUGAUGUAUUCUGAGAGAAUGUGGUUUUUAAAACCUCAGUAUACUUUUUUUUUUUAGAAAAGCUGCAUCUGGUUAUGCAUAAAGCAGAGAUAAAACUAAAUUUCUUUUAUGUCCUCCCUACUUUCCUCAUGUCAAUCAGAAUUAAAGUGUGUAAUCCUC